AUGUGCCGUCAUGAUAUUCCCCUCUUCCUAUGUGACAUGCGCACUCCAGGCGAAUGGCAACACUUCUCAGUUGCCAUGCUCAUCGCACUCAGCUGCCAACUUCCCUCAAAUGCCACCAUUGGACUGAUGUAUGAUGUUGGGUGCAUUCUUGAUCGAUCUGCAGCCAAGUAUAAUCUUAUCCCUGAAAUUGCCCCCAGAUUAAGCAUCGCAGUUUCAGUCUUCCAUGCUUAUGCCCAUCAAUUCUGUUGUCAAAUCGCGUUCCACCCAUGGAAAUGCAACGGGUUUGGGAAGUCAAACGGGGAAGGGAAUGAGCGGUUAUGGUCCUCAAUGGUUGACAUGAUAGCGCCCGAACGCAUGAUGAGUGUGAGUCCCAACAUGCCCUAUAUGUCAGGGACAGCUCCGAAAGCGGCGAGGUCCCUGCGCGCGGGACUCGGUGAGAGGAAUAGCGGCUGUGCGUAG